UUUAGUCACCCAGUAGUGAAGGGUGCCUAAAGUUCUAUGCAAAUACUUUUGGGUGUCAGCCAGGUCACUGAGCCAAGAGUCCUGCCCACUACCCUUUCUGGAAGAAAUAGCCAGCCUUUCUGUAAACACUUGGAGGAGUGGAACCGAAUGGACCUGGAGCUUUUGAAACUGCUCCCAGAAGUUGAGCUUAGACUGUCUAUGGAAUUCUCAAUACAAGGCCAGAGAGACUGCUCACUUGGUAAAAGGCAGCUGCUGUCAAGUUUGAAGAACUGAAUUCGAUCCCUGGGACCCACAUGGUGGAAAAUAAAACCUGAGUCCCACAAGUUGUCCUCUGACCUCCACACUCAAACACAUCCACAUACAACAGAUAGGUUCUUUGGCCGAUGACUUCGCGCUUGCUCAGGAACUUGCCAGCUGGGUGGUAUACAUCCACCUCCUCCUUCCACCGCGUCUUGCCCACUGCAACCUCUAGCUGGCUGUGACUGCGCAUGCGUACCGACGCCCCCUCCAGCCCCGGGUGGGAGGAGGAGAUGGUGGGAGGAGGUUGGGCCCCGCGGCUUGCCUGGCUCCUUGUUUCCCUAUCUCCUUCCCUCGGGCGGCGGCGUCUCCCGGCGCUCACAGGGCGGUGCAGACCCGAGGGUUGCAAGGUAGCACUCAAGGGUUAGCCGAGACGGGAGGGUUCCGGAGCCCCACCCCUGGGGAGAGGCCUCCUGGCAGGUCUCCCUAUCCUACGAGGUUCCCAGUUCUACACCAGGAAUGCGAUUUAGCGACCAGAAGGACAGGGUGGACACAGCAUCCAUGGACUGAGACUAAAGGCAGGGCCCCCACCCCGUCUCUGUGAAUUUGGUAUUCACCGGCGUCACCCCCACCCUCUUAACUGCUACCCCUGGGUUCCUCUGACAGCAAGAUGCUCGGUGGAAAUGUGAAAUCCGAGGCCACUUGCCAGGACCCGGUGACCAAAGGAGUCCCCCACCAGGACUUACCCAGCCAGCCCACCGCAUCUGGGAGCGUGCCCUCCGGGCCCCGCCGGCGGCCCCCACCCCAGCGCCCGCACCGCUGUCCGGACUGCCCCAAGGCUUUCUCGUACCCAUCCAAGCUGGCCACGCACCGACUAGCGCACGGCGGCACCCGCCCGCACCCGUGUCCCGACUGCCCCAAGGCGUUCUCCUACCCGUCCAAGCUGGCCGCGCACCGCCUCACGCACAGCGGAGCUCGCCCGCACUCCUGCCCGCACUGCCCCAAGGCCUUCGGCCACCGCUCCAAGCUGGCGGCGCAUCUUUGGACCCACGCACCUGCCCGCCCCUACCCAUGCCCCGAUUGCCCCAAGUCCUUCUGCUACCCCUCCAAACUGGCGGCCCACCGCCACACGCACCACGCCACCGACGCCCGCCCCUACCCUUGUCCACACUGCCCCAAAGCGUUCUCGUUUCCCUCCAAACUGGCGGCUCACCGCCUGUGUCACGAACCCCCGACUGCGCCCAGCAGCCAGACCACUGGCCACCACCGAUGCUCCAUUUGUGACCAGGCCUUUGGCCAGAGACGCCUCCUGUUGGUUCAUCAACGCAGCCACCACCAGUCCGAGGGCCAGGGAGAGAGGGAGUGAGCUGUCGGUCCAGCCGCCCAUCUGCCUCCACCAGUGUCAAUAAAGACCUGAAUUUCUAA